CUCGACCGGAAGUGGGACGUGCGCCUCCGCCGGCUGCGCUGAGCGCGCUUUGCGGGUUCCGAGGCCUCGAGAAGAAGAGCCUCAGGCCCCGAAGGAAGGGCUCCGCGUCGCGGGGGGAGGACUCGCGUGUCGGAGGGGCGUCUGGACGGGCGCUUCCCUCGACACGUGUCUUGGGCGUUCCUGCCGUCCCUUUUGUGACCCAUCAAAGGCCAAGCGAUGUCCCACGUCCCUCUGGGGAAAGUCCUCCUGCGCAAUGUCAUCCGACACACGGACGCACACAACAAGAUCCAGGAAGAGUCCGAAAUGUGGAAGAUCCGGGAGAUGGAGAAGCAGAGCAAAGACAUUCAUUGGGGGAAGCAACAGAGGAUGCUGCCUAAGAGUUCCAGCAGCCGGAUGCGUAGCGAUGGGUUUGACGAGGAGACCCAUUGGAAGACAAGGAAUUUGGCCUCCUUGUCAGCAACUAUGGAGGAGGAUGACCUUCGACAUGCCCGAUACUGGAACAAGAAGCUCUAUGAAUGUGAAGCUAACAUGCCAGACAGGUGGGGACACAGUGGCUACAGAGAGCUGUAUCCAGAAGAAUUUGAUACAGACAGCAAUGGAGAGCGAGAUGAACAGAACUCAAUGAAUGGAAAAAGAAAACGUCAGCUCAGUAAACAGUCUUCUCUUGAGCUGCCCCCAAGGAAAAAGACCAAAAAGUCUCACAAGAAGAAACAGAAAAAGAAAUCUCACAAAAAGCGGAAGAAGAAGAAGAAACGAGAGCAGCCAAGUGCGAUGCAGGAUUCAUCCCAGGAGUCUGAACAUUCGGAGGCAGAUGCCGCCACGAGGAAGCGGAGUCGUCACAAAAAGGCCAAGAAGGCCUCGACCCGGGCUCCGGGCUCUUCCUCAGGGCAAGAGAAUGACUCUAGCGAGGCCAGUAGCUGCCCCUCCAGCAGCUCAGAGGACAGUGAACUGGAGGAGAAGCAGGAGAAACAGCGGAAAAAGAAGAAGAGAAGGAAACACCAUUCUUCUGUGUCAGAAAGAGGUGGAGAAAGGGUGCAGGAGAAAAGGAGCAAAAGGAAGAACUGGAAAGUAGCAGCGGAUGAGAAUUCAGAGGAUAGUUCUGAUGAGGACUAACAGAAAGGGACCAGAGAAUAGGCUUUACCCUUAAAGGCUGCCCCUUUGGGACUGAUAGCUGCUUGGAGCAGCUGCUUGAUGGCCUGGACUUCACAAACCUUGGUAACUUGCAGGGGAGAGAUUUCAUUGUGGUCGGAAACAAACAGGGACUAAGAUCUUCCUACUCAGGGCUCAUGUUUUUCCACCCCAGAUUCUGGUCCAAUAAUCAGCUGUAUGCAAAAGAAGAAACCCAUAAAUUGCAAAGCGCUACUUGUGAAUAUAGCGCAAAAGGGAACGUGAACAACUUGGAGUUCCUCUUUAACCUUUAACAUCCACCACUCCCCCAAUCUAUUUUUAAUGAUCAGUAGAAAACUAAUUGCAAUAAAUAAUGAAGGAGCAAGAGACUGGGUUCCUCCAGCUGUUGCGGUGGUGCUAACAGCUUGUAUUGGUCAAGCACCCUUUUCAUUUGAGGGGCUAAGCAGAUGGGAGAUGCCCAUUCAAGCAGAUAGUCUCAAUCUCACUGACUAUGCUGCUGGCAUUUGUGAGAAGGAGAGCUUGUUAAAGGCAGUCCUGGUAUGGAAAUGUCUAGUGAGUGUGUGAUGGAGCCACAAGAACACCAGCUGUGCUGUUCCUUCUGUUAAAAUGGUUAUAAUCUUCUGGCAGUGUGUGCGUGUUUAGGAUGCCUCCCCCUCUGUAGUUCUUGCCAUGGGGGGGGGACUUGUUUUAGUGAAUUAUAUGACCCUACAAAUGCCAGGAAGCGAACCAGCAGAGCUGUGAUUCUUGAUUCACAUUUGAGACCAUUGUUCCCCCUCGGCCCUUCCCUCACAAGAAAUACUGCAGGUAAAAUCUGUACUUGGGGCAGAACCAUGGUGUCGUUCAAAGUGUGAAUUGGCUUUCAGGCUGAAGUUUUCCUGCUUCCCAAACACACGCUUUUUUAGGAGGCGGCAGUGGCAGCAGAAGUUGACUUGUUCAACUCCAGGGCUGCAGAUGAACUCACUCAAGCUUGGAGUAGUAGUGAGACAAGUAUCUGCUCUGUGUCUUUCCUUCUGGUAUAGACUUAUUUACACUGCAGAACUAAUCCUCCUUCCCCAAACAUCAUUGCUGUUUUUCCGACAGGGUUGAAACCAGUUACUUGUUUAGGUUACUUUUUGGGACAUAUUGACUUGAGUUGAAAUCCAGAAGUGUGUCUUUUCUAAGCUCUGGGCUCUUAGCAUCCUUCUCACUGUAAUUCCCAGGAUGCCUAGGGGAAGCCAUGCUAACUAAACAGCUAUACAGUGGCUGGGUUUGUAGGGUAGAUAGUAUCUUAUUCCUUCUUUUACAAGAUUAUUGCAAACAUAAGGAACUAACUCAGGAUAAUGGGCUGCUCAGAUACAGGGGUCUGCCUUCCUUAUUUGACCCCUCCCCAGUUGUUUAUCUUUAAGGGUCUCACAUCGCUCAGUAACUUUCUGCGAGAGCUUUGCUUCUGUCAGUCACAUCAACUUCUUUAUAGACACAGUUGUCUGACAUCCUAAGGAUUAAUCACUAUCCACAGAUGCAAAUGCCAAGAUUAUUGUCCUAUGUUGUUACCAGCAUAUAAGUUAUUUUUCAAUAUAUUUCUAGUGGGUUGCUAUAGAAAGCAAAGCAACUGAAAUUAUUUCUUUGAAAAACUUAAUUUUUUUAAAAGAUCUGCAGUAUAUUGGCAUGAAUAUGUUUGGAGGAUGUUCGAGAAUAAACUGCAUUGAUUUCAGCCGUUAAA